AAUGAAAGCGGAAGUGAAAGUUAAAUCUGAGAGCAACAACAUCGAAGAUUAGAGAGAAACAAGUUGAUCUGCUGACGAUCUCCUGUGGUCACCAUGGCGACAGCAGAGCAGCUGUUCUUCGUGGUGAGCAGGAAGCCGGACUACCCGGCCCACCUCAGGGUGGGUCAGCUGUGUUUCAGCAGGAGGAGGAUGUCCAUGAGGAGCUCAGACCCCCAGAAGGUCUCCGUCCAGGUCCUGGGCGCCCUCUCCUCCCUGGACUACAGCCUGGACCGGAGCCUCCUGGAGGAGCUGACGGAGGAGGAGGCGGAGCUGCUGCUGGCGCUGCCGGAGGACGCCGAGCGGCUGCGGUGGUCCCGGGACAGAGACGCUCUGAGGACGGCGCUGGCCCUCACUGUGGGGACCUCCGUCCUGGUGGAGGAGAAGGAGGGACUGACCCUCAGAGGAGUCCUCCGCUACGUCGGGAGACAGAAGGAGGCGUCCUUCUCCUCCCCCAUCACAGGAACCUACUACGGCAUCGAGCUGCAGGGAGCAGACCGGGGGAAGGGUACCACUGACGGGACCUACCAGUCCAGGACCCUGUUCUCCUGUCCCAGAGACUGUGGUCUGCUGGUCCCGUUCUCCAGGGUCCGGCCCCUGGUCCCCAGCUCCCUGGCCCCCAGCUCCCUGGCCCCCCAGGACCUGGCCCCCCAGGACCUGACCCAGGAGGAGCUGAGCUCCGGGGACAGAGUCACCUACUUCCUGGGGGACCGGUGUCGGCAUGGCAUGGUGGUCCAGGUCCAGGAGAACGUGGUCCGGAUCUCCACGGACACGGAUGAGAACGGGCAGCGAGGCGGCGAGGUGGAGGUUCCCCUGCAGCAGGUGGUGAAGGGGGAGGUUCCUGCAGAGCCGGAGAGCAUGGACACGGCCCCGGCCCCGCUGGAGGACCUGGACCUGUACUCUGACCUCAGCCUGAACUCUCUGGUGGAGGUCACUCUGGGGCAAGGAAACGCCUACGGCAUCAUCCGCUGGAUCGGCACGCUGCCGGGCUGGGAGGACGCCAUGGCCGGACUGGAGCUGGAGGAGGACCGAGGAGUGAGCGACGGCACCUUCAAGAACCAGCGUUUCUUCCGCUGUCCCCCCCGCAGAGCUCUGUUCGUCAAACUGAAGAGCUGCCGGCCCGACGCUCGCUUCCAGAGCACAGCAGCCAAUCAGAGCGCGGCGCUGCCAGGACAGGAAGACACGGAGUGCGAUGCGGGGCCCAGGACGGGGACCCUGGAGACCGUCCCUCCCAUCAGCUCGGAGCAGGUGGAGCAGCUCCUGAUUGGACGGAUGAAGGGCAUCCAGGGCCACUGUAACUCCUGCUACAUGGACGCUGCCCUGUUCAGCUUGUUCUCCUGCUCCUCUGUGUUGGACUCCAUGUUGUUUAAAUCAAUCCAACCUGAAGACGCUCCGAUCCAGAACACUCUGCUGCACGACAUCGUGAACCCUCUCCGCAGUAAGGGCUUCGUUAAGGGUCAUCACAUCAUGAAGCUCCGUCAGCUGCUGCAGAAACACGGAUACAGUCAGUCGUUCACCACGGAGGAGAAAGACCCUGAGGAGUUCCUGACGGUCAUCAUGCACCACAUCCUGGCCCUGGAUCCUCUCCUCAAACUCUCAGCAGCAGGUAAAGUCCAGGAGAGCUACUGCUACCAGAUCUUCUUGGACCAGAACCACAGCCUGGUGCUGCCCACGGUGCAGCAGCUGCUGGAGCACUCCUUCCACACAGCAGGACUCAAGCUGGCAGAGGUGCCGUCCUGUCUCAUCCUCCAGAUGCCUCGCUUUGGGAAGAAAUUCAAGAUGUUUGAUAAGAUCAUUCCGUCUCUGGAGCUGGACGUCACUGACCUGCUGUCUGAAGGUCCUCAGCAGUGUCUGCUGUGUGGUGGUGUGGCUCAGGUCGAGUGUCCCGACUGUUUUAAAGAUCCUCUGUUCAGCCCGACGGGGUUCAAGAUGUUCUGCGGGACGUGUUCGGCUCAGGUGCACGCCCACCCCCAGCGGCGCUCCCACCAGCCCGGCGCUCUGGACGUCCCGGCAGGUUUCUGCCUUGCCCCCACUCACAGUUUGAUCCGGGACAAGCUGGAGCUGUUUGCGGUGCUCUGCAUCGAGACGAGCCACUACGUGUCCUUCCUCCGGCACGGCCCCGCCCCCACCGACUGGAUCUUCUUCGACAGCAUGGCCGACAGACAAGGAGAGAGAGACGGCUACAACAUCCCGGAGGUCCACGCCUGCCCCGAGGUCGGCGCCUACCUGGACAUGUCUCCCGCCGAGCUGGCCAAUCAGGUGCCUCGAGACAUGAAGGGCGUGGCCAAGCGUCUGUUCUGUGACGCCUACAUGUUCCUGUACCAGAGCAGCAGCAUGAGUCUGUACCGCUGACGGCUCAGGGUCUCUGUCUGCUGAUCUCAUAUCAGAAACUGGAGUAACGCCUGCAAAUGUAAUGAAACCACACAUGUAAUAAAAAUCUGCAGCUUUUAAUGAAAUAAUCCCACAAACACAAUACAUUUUCCACAAGCGUAAUAAAAAUCUGAAGCUUUUAAUGAAAUAAUCCCACAAAUAUAAUAAUACAUUUUUCACAAACGUAAUAAAAAUCUGCAGCUUUUAAUGAAAUAAUCCCACAAAUAUAAUAAUACAUUUUUCACAAACGUAAUAAAAAUCUGCAGCUUUUAAUGAAAUAAUCCCACAAACGUAAUAAUGCAUUUCCCACAAACGUAACAGCUGCUGCUACUACAAACGUAACACGAUAUUUGCAAAUGUAAUAAAUCCCUGCACACGUAAUAGUUAUUACAUUUGUGGGGAAGUGAAAAUCUUCAACUUUCAAUAACGUAAUAACUUCCCACAAAUGUAAUAACGCAACGAAUAACGGUUGUUGUGGUUGUUGUUGUUUGUUUGUUUGCCUAUACACACACUACUAACGGCUACUGACCGUCGGUGCAAAAUCCAGCUGUGUUGUUUGUGGAAAAUGUUUUUAAAUUUGUGGGAUUAUUACAUUAAAAGCUGCAGAUUUUUAUUACGUGUGUGGUUUUAUAACUUGUGCAGGCGUUACAAACAGGGUUUACUGCUCUCAUAUUUAGCUAACUGACGCUGAUGUUGAAUCAUUUUGCACUAUAAAGACAAUCUUUGGUUUGUAAUAUAAUAAGUGUUGGAUAAUUAUCUUUAAAGUUCUAUUGACAGUUUUUAUACUGAGAGUAAAUGUUUAGUAAUGAUUGGUGAAUGAAGCUGUAGUCAUUAAUGAGCUCACCCUGUGCCUUCUUAAAGACCAAAUAUAUUAUUAUAUGUUGUUAUAUAUUAUAGAUAAGUUGUGUCAGAUGGUAAUCGGGGCUCCUCUAUCAACCUGUGGCCUUUUCAUUUCUUUCUACGGGUUCUAAUAAAAAAACACAAUGAUGGAAUGAAACACGUGUUUUUACUGAGAGAGCAGCUGUUACUGAA